AUGACCAUGCAGAGCCGCUCCAAAGUGGAGGAAAUUCUCAUUCACCCUUCUGUUACUUUAACGGUUAUUGAAAGGGGCGAAAAUGGUAAAUUAUCAUCAGGAAAGAAUGCGAUCUCCUCACUUGGACGUGUACACGCUACAGCAGCACAUCCCUACACAUUACGAUUGCGUAAUGGAAAUUCUUCUACAGCUAUUGUCUAUCGCGUAACCACUAGAAAUGCUCAUUGGUGGUGGGCUCAAGGAACUCAUGGAAUUUUAUAUCCUCCAAAGGAAGAAGAAGUAGAAGAAGAGUAUGAUUAUGAUAAUAAUAUUAGUAUGAGUAAUAGUAAUAAUAUUGGUAAUAAGAAGGUGAUGCAUAGUUCAGAAAGUGGAAAUAAGUCCAUUGGAUACAUUUCAAUGCGAGUUAAAGAGCCAGAGUGGAUAGAUCGUCUACAUAAAGAGUGGAGUAAAUUAUCUCAGUCCACAUUGUCAACAGAAGUUAUGAACUCUGAAGAGGAAAGUCAAAUGCAAAGAGAACCAGAAGAGACAACAGAUAAAAUAACCACAAUAACAUCAUCAUCAUUAUCAUCACCUCCUCUUCCAUCUUCAUAUAUUAGUGGAAAAACAACUACCGCGGUGGAUUUUAUUCGCAUAAUGUUUGCGGAACUUCCAGCCACUCAUCCCCUCUUGCUUAACCCACAAAUAAUGGUAAAUGAUAUUACUAAAUCUAAUUUUUUGACUUGGUGGGAUAAAGUAAUGACGGCUGCUGAUGCUAUUGCUACUGGUACUGCUAGUGCUUCUUCUAAUGGUGGUGGUAGUAGGAGAGAAAAACGGCAAAAUAAGAAAAGGACACAACAAGUAGUAUAUACAGGAGUAACGGUAUUUACACUUCCUGUGAAGGUGGCGUUCUUGUCAGAGCAAAGUUUUUGGACAGCGCUCUCUGUAGAUGCAAAGCGAUCUUCAUCUGAUGUAAGUAAUAAGAAAGUCGUAUUAUCGUCUCAAAAAAGUCUCUCAUUUCAUGAUGAUGAUGAUAAUAAUAAUAAUAAUAGGCAAAAGAAACAAAAAAAAGUUUUGAUCGAUGAUGGGAUAAAUGACGAUGAUGAUAAUGUACAUGAUUUAAAAGUGGGAUUUUGUACAGUAUCACUGGCUAUAGUGGCCAUUAUCUGCAGUUUUCUAGCCGGUGUGGGGAUGGUGUAA